UCUAUCUUACAGUUUACAUUUUGGAAAUAUUUUACUAUUCCAUUCUGUAUAAUUCUAUGUUUACUGGUUUUAUCCUGUAUUAGAACAGUUUUAUUAUAACUAUAAAAACUUAAAAACUACAACAAGGAUUAUAACAAUAGAUUAUAAAUUAACCUUCAUAAAUUUGGAUGGUUUAUGGUCUGGUGGUUCUUUCUGUCACGAUUUCGUUUUGUGCGUGAACUUCUUGGUGGAAUGAGCGAAUCUUCAUCAGUUAAUGAUUUAAAAAACGGUCGAUCUCGCAUCAAGAAAGUUCGACGUGACUAACAGCUAAUUGUAAUAUUGUACAAAGAAAAAAUUGAGAUUGAAUCUGGUUGAAAAAAAAAAACAUCAAACAUGUCUAUACAAAUACGUUGUGCUAAUACAAAUGACUUAUUAAAUAUACAACAUUGUAAUUUACAAUGCUUACCAGAAAAUUAUCAAAUGAAAUACUAUUUGUAUCAUGCAUUGUCAUGGCCACAAUUGAGUUAUGUUGCUGAAGAUGAAAAAGGAAGAAUAGUUGGUUAUGUACUUGCCAAAAUGGAAGAGGAUUGUGAAGAUAAUCCACAUGGUCAUAUUACAAGUUUAGCUGUGAAACGAUCUCAUCGACGACUUGGAAUUGCUCAAAAACUCAUGAAUCAAGCAUCAAGAGCAAUGGUCGAAUGUUUUGGAGCGAAAUACGUUUCACUUCACGUACGCAGAAGUAAUCGUGCUGCAUUAAAUUUAUAUACAAGUAGUUUACAAUUUGAAGUCUCUGAAGUUGAACCAAAAUAUUAUGCAGAUGGUGAAGAUGCUUAUGCAAUGAAAAGGGAUCUUGCUAGUUUUCAUCAAAAAAAAAAUAAUAAAGAUAAAAUGAUUAAAGAGGGUAAUUUGCAUACACAUUCUGGUAGGUGCUGUGAUUAUCAAGAAAAAUGUCCCAAAGAAAAAACGAUUAAAGAAGGUAAUUCACAUAUCCAUUCUGGAAGAUGCUGUGACCAUUCAUAAUUUUUGAGACAAUACGUCGUCUUAGUUCUCUAUCUGUCUCUUUUUUUAAACAACUAAAUGUGAAAAACAGUUAAUGGAUUUGAAUACAAACAUUAUAUUAUCUGUUUAUACACGAAAUUAAUAAUUCCAUAAUAAUUUAUCAAUCACAAUGGGGCUAAGCGUUUCGUAUAAUAAUUUUUGUGCAUUAAAUUCCGAUGAAUUUUAAAAUAAACAUCUUUUAUUAGUUCAUAAGUGUCUAAACCUUUUAAACCAAAAAAUCUCUUUUGAAAAAAAAAUAAAUAAAAAUUUUAUACUGUUGAAGGAAUAAA